AUGGUCUCUACAGAAGUGACCGCAGCGAGGGUAUCCGUCAAUGAAGUCCUCGCCAUGAGCGAUGCUGAGCUGGCUCAGUUCAUGCAGAAAUCCGCCUCUCCGGUGGCCAUUACGACCUUCCUAUUGAUGGGUGGGGUGAGCUAUCGAAAGACGGACGAAGCCGCCUCGCCGAGCGACUCAAGACCCGAAAUACCACCCAUCGAGCGACCGGAAUCCGCCACACCACCGUAUGAUCCGACGACAGGGGAAAUCGAUGCUUACAACGAGCCCACCAACGAUGGUGGCAGUAGUCUUAACGAACAGUCAUGCAUGAGCAUAAUGAUUCUGGCCGGCUGGGCAGGUCCGGAGGUUCCGGAGGUAAUGCUCUUCACGAUUUCGUUCGGCGAAGGAAACGAGCAUCUUCUGCCUGACCGGCACUCGUUCUUCGCGUACUCAUUGCAACCCGCACGCCGCAGUCAGCUGGACCUCCUCGUCGGUCUGGCCGGGUUCUCAGCUUUCAUGUUCAACAUCUGCAGGCAUUGUCGUAGCAUGCCGGAUGGCAUAGCACUGUCCGAACGCUCAUGCAUAAGGGGAGUCGCGGGUUCUUAG